UCGAACUCGUGUUCCGGCGUGCGAAAUAAAUUAAUCAGUAGAUGUGAACAUGUCAACGAAGUAUAUAGAGUGAAGAAAAAAAUAAAUAAACACUAUAGGAAUAAAUUACUCCGAUAAUAAAUCUUUUGUUACCGUCCAUAUUUCCUGACGAGUCGUGGUGACGUUAACGACGGAAUUUAUAAAAGUCAAAAAGUUAGCUUUCUUUUCAAACUCAUUUUUGUUUUGGUACUUUCAUCAUCGUCGUUCAUUUGUGCGUUUCUUUUUUGUGCCCGUGGGAUGCCUUACAUAGAAUAAGUUUACAAUAUUACUCGACGUUUUUAUACAGUUUAGAUUCAAUUGUCAUUAUAUUAAAAUGUCUGUAAUAUUAACGGCACUAUUUUUUGUUUGCGUUGUAUUGCAUGUGAGCAAUGCUGGGAUUUUAAUGACUGGUCAAGCAGGGGGUCUACCUGUAGGAAAUGACGCUUAUAACGAGGACGAUUGGGAAUCAGUGUACAGAAUUUAUCAUGGUGACGACUGGGACUCCCAUGACGACUACCUCAGUCAGGAACGAACCGCUCGGUACGGCGACAACGACGAUUCACAGUUCCGUAGCUGGAAGUUGGACCAGUGGCACCAUAGUAAAAUACAGAAGGUUCGAUUAGAGCUGUACGAUGAUGGAGAUGAGGUAGCAGAGUUUGAAUUUGUAGGUGUAAUGCAAAAUAUGACGAGUUUCUUCAAUCCCAGAAACCUUCGCAAGACGACUUACAUUGAUAUACCAGUGGACGGCAGUCCGUUCACGGGGGACGAUUUCAGUUUUGACGGAGAUGAUGAUGCCCGUCACUGGACGGUAAGUUAUCGGCAUCGAGGGGACUGCCGUAACGAUGAAGGUUGGAUACAGGUUAUAGACAAGCCCAAACCUGGCCGUGACCGAUGCGUCUGUGGGUACGAGAACGUAGAUAAAUUCCCGACAAUAAUGUACGCCAAGGGGAACACGAAAACGAAAUGGAAUAAUCCACUUACAGUUGGCUAUGCGGACAUGAUGCAGAUUUCUGUGAGUGACGUGCCAUACCCAGUGCAAAUGCCUCAGAAUCGCCAGCCACAGCAGACACAGUUCCAGACAGUAUUUCGUAUUAAUCCUUUUGAGAUGAAGAAAUAGGACAGUACGUGACGGGGAGUGUUUGCAAACAAUGCAUCUGGAAAGCAAUUCUUGACCAAAACACGAAGAACGGAAAGUGAUUGACAUGUACAGCAUGCAUUAAGGCUUUGUAAAUAUUAAAUCUUAACACAGUU